AUGAGGUUGAACGCGGAUACCUGCAAGGAAGAAUUUCCGGAAGCUAGUGCGGCCAUAAAAGAAAAGACCUAUAAGGAUGACUACUAUGAUAGCCUCGACACACCACAGGAAGCAGGGAUACGAGCUGUACAAGUGAGGGAAAUUCAUGCACGUGCUGGCUUUGAAAUGAGGAAUUGGGUUAGCAAUAUCCCCAAAGUCCCCGGAAUGUUGGGAGAGGAAGGCGCGAAGAAAUCAUUGCAAAACGCCACGGAUAAGCAGAUGUCAGAAAGAGUGCUUGGCAUGACCUGGGAGCCAACAGAAGACGUGUUGUUGUUUUCUAUUGAUUUGCACGAGAGCUUGAUAGAUUACAUACAAGGCAACCGACGUCCGACGAAAAGAGCAACUUUGCGGUGCAUAAUGAGCUUUUUCGAUCCUCUUGGGCUCCUGUCGCCCUAUCUGAUCCAUGGCAAGAUUAUCAUGCAGGAUCUGUGGCGUGCUGGUACGGAUUGGGAUGAAGAGAUAGGAGACGAUUUGUUUUCUAAAUGGUGUGAAUGGACCAAACUUCUUUCCAAAUUGAACUGCGUGAAGGUACCCCGAUGCUAUUUUGGGCAUGUACGGCCCGAAGACCUGUCGGAUUUGCAAUUGCAUGUCUUCACAGACGCCAGUGAGCAGGCCUACGAAUGUGCGGCGUAUUUGCGAUCCGUUGCAGAAGGAAAAAUGCGAUGCACUUUAGUGAUGGCCAGGAGCAAGGUAGCUUCGCUCAAGGCCAUGUCGAUCCCUCGAAUGGAACUACAACCGGCGGUUCUUGGAUCGAGGCUUAUGGAUAGUGUUUGUACUAAUCACUCGUUGAAGAUAACAAAGCGCAAUUUGUGGACAGACAGCAGCACAGUGCUAAGUUGGAUUCGCUCUGACCAUCGUAAGUUCAAAACAUACGUCGCACACCGUAUUGGAAAGAUUCUUUCCCUUACUCAACCGGGACAAUGGAAUUGGAUUGCGUCGCAGAAAAACAUCGCGGAUUGCUUGACAAAAUGGUGCAAGGAGACGGAGCCUACGUCCGAUGGAAGAUGGUUCGGUGGUCCGGACUUUCUUUAUAUCCCCGAAGAAUGUAGGCCGACGAAGGAUACUGGACUUUCAAGAGCAGAAGAAGAAUUAAGGCCUCGUUUCGUCCUGCAUCACACCACCUGCGCCAUGCCAGGCGGUAUAAUCGAUGUGACCCGCUUUUCCAAGUGGGAGACUUUGCUCCGAACGGUAGCGCUGGUCGCUAGCGAUUUAUCUCCAACUGCAAACUACGACUCAAGGGGCUACCAAUAG